AUGAAUUCAUCACCACACAAAGUUGCCUUCCUAGGCUGCGGUAACAUGGGGUCGGCGAUCUUAUUAGGGCUGCUAGACGCCUUCGAUGAAAUCAAGAUCGGUGAUGAUCCGACCUGGAACUUCACCGCAUGCACCAAAACCGACCAAUCCGCAGCUACGCUGGUUGAGAAGCUCGGCCGCCAUGCGAAGCAGGUUCAAGUUCUGCACGAGCAGAAUGAGAAGGCUCUUGCAGAAGCUGAUGUAGUUAUACUUGGAGUGAAGCCGUACCUUGCAAAAGGGGUUUUGAGUAAGCCAGGGAUUGGCCAAGCUCUGGCUGGAAAGUUGGUCAUUAGUCUGAUGGCGGGAGUUUCAGUAGACGAGGUUCAUGGUUUGAUCUUGCCUGCGGUUAAGGGAUCCCCAAGUACAGCAACAUAUGUCGUGAAGGCGAUUCCAACGAUCGCUGCUCGUUAUCGCCAGUCAAUGACACUGAUCGAAAGAUCAUCCCCGCCACUUCCCCAGCACCACGAAGAGUUGGUGACCUCCAUCUUCAACUUUGUCGGCAGUGUGAAGGUAUUAGAGCCUGAAUUGAUGGACGUAGGCUCGGUUUUGGUAACUUCAUGCCUAGCCACCCUAACUGUUCCAUUAGAUGGGCUCCUGGACGGAUCAGUUAUCGAGGGCAUGCCUCGGCGGGAUGCCAUGGAGUUGAUGUCGCAAGGGAUCGCUGGCUUAGGCGUACUGCUAAAACAUGGUGGUCAUCCGGCAAUGCUUAGGGAGAGUAUUUCCUCUCCCCGUGGAGUCACCAUUCAAACUCUGCUUUCUGUAGAGCGGGAAAAUACGAGAGUGACAUUUACAGACGCCCUUCUGCGCGGGACAGAGCACUUGCAGAAGAUGAGAUCAAAGGCAGAAGCCCGACAGUCACCUGAGAAGGAUAAGACAUGGGAGGUUUUCACAUAA